CCAUCCUAGCUUUCGGAGAACCAAGAGAGACAGAACUCAUGGAGCGCGCGUCGGUGGCCGUUUUGAGCAACGUUGUGCAGCUGGUUGGGCAGGAGUUCCGCCAGCUCCGCGCCGUCCGCGGCGAGGUCACUGAGCUGAGGGACGAGCUGGCCACGAUGAACACCCUCCUGCGCAUGCAGUCCGAAGCUGAUGCAAGUGGCUUGAGCCACUUCGUCCGGGAGUGGAUGAAGCAACUCCGGGAGCUCGCCUACGACGCCGAGGACUGCGUCGACCUCUACCUGUUUCGCAUCAGGUGCCAGCAGGGCGACGGCUUCCUCGUCUGGUCCAAACGCCUGCUUGCUACGCUUUUCCCUCGCCAUCGCCUCGCCGGCGAGAUCACGGCCCUCCGCAUCCGUGCUGUUUCCAUCAGCGAGCGCCAUGCUCGUUACGGCGUCAGCAUCGAGCUGCUGGGCCGCACUGCUUCUUCUUCGGAGGCUUUGCAGGCAGUGGUGGCGUCAGCACGUGCGCCACGCCCUCACAACGACCCCAACCAGUUCGUCGGCAUCAAGGCCCAGGCUGAGAACCUGGGCAAGAAGGUGGUGAAGGCGGCUGUCUGUGAGAGUGACAAAGAGCUCAAGGUGUUCUCUAUCGUGGGCUUUGGAGGCCUCGGGAAAACCACGCUGGCCAUGGAGGUCUGCCGGCAGCUGGAGACGGAGUUCAAACGCCAGGCCAAUGUGUCCGUGUCGCAGACCUUCGGCAGCAAGGAUCUCCAGGGAUUACUAAAGCGCGUGCUUCUGCAGGUCGUGACCCUACCGUCUAACCAAAACGAGCAAGCGGCGCUCCUUCGUAAGAUUGACGGCAUGGAUGUAGGCGAGCUAGAAGGCAUGCUCAAGGAGAGUCUCCAGAACAACAGGUACCUAAUUUUUAUCGAUGAUGUAUGGAGCAAAGCAGCCUGGGAGGCAAUCUGGUCCAAGUUACCAAGCAGCAACUGCGGCAGCAGAAUCAUCGUGACCACUCGGAUAGAUACUGUGGCCAAAGCAUGUUCUAAUUAUUGUGAUUAUUACAUCCAUCAUAUGAAGCCCCUAGAUGAGAAAGAGUCAGAUCAGUUGUUCCGAAGAAAAGCAUUUGGCUCAAUGACCGAAGAUUCUUGCCCAGAGUAUUUGAAAGGUGCAAUGGAAAACAUCUUGAAAAAAUGUGGUGGGCUACCCUUAGCCAUUGCUAACAUUGCAAGCCUUUUGGCAAGCUAUACACAUCCAGAAGGGAAGAAGAUGUGGGAAAUAGUUGGCAGGUCAAUUGGUUCACAGAUGGAUAACAAUCCUACUCUUGAGGGGAUGAGGCAGAUACUCACACUUAGCUAUGACCACCUACCCCACCACCUCAAGGCUUGCAUUAUGUAUCUUAGCAUUUUCCCAGAGGAUUACGUGAUCUGCAAGGAUCGACUAUUGAAGAGAUGGAUCGCUGAAGGGUUAAUUCCUGAGAAGCGAGGGAUGACCCAGAUGGAGCUUGCUGAAGCCUACUUCAAUGAGCUGAUGAGUAGAAGCAUGAUUGACCGAGGCACCGAUAUAGUUACCGUGUACCAAUGGAGGGAAGAGACAUGCCGAAUGCAUGACAUGAUGCUUGAGGUCAUGGUGUCCAAAUCCCUAGAGUCUAACUUUGUUAGCCUACUAGGUAGGCAAUAUGAAGGGAUGGCAUAUGAUAGGAUUCGACGUCUUGCCAUACAUGGCGGAGUAGAGGCAACCCAAGAGUCUUCAUCAAAGAAAAUGACAGCACACCGUGGUAUCAAGGCGAUGACUAUGAAGCAUGUCCGAUCACUAAGCAUAUUUGAUACUGAAGCACAAAAUCUGCUUGCCCGGUUAGGAGAGUUCAUGUUGCUAAGGGUACUUGACCUAGAAGACUGCAAAGGUCUGCAGAAAGAGCAUAUGAGUCAUAUCUGUCGGAUGUAUCUUUUAAGGUUCUUAAGCUUGAAGUGUUCAGAUAUCAAGGUGAUGCCUUCAAGAAUUGGUGAUCUCGAGCAUUUACAGACACUUGAUGUACGUCAAACACAACUGACGAGUCUACCAGAAACAGUCACAAAGCUAGAGAAGCUGGAGCACCUGUUGUUCACCACCAAAGAUGGCAAUUUAAUGUCUGGUUGGAUACUGCCCCAAGGGAUCAACAAAAUGAAGGCACUACGCCAGCUGAAUAAAGCGGUUGUGGUAUCUGAGGAGAAGGUCGCCAAGGAGAUUGGUGACCUGGAUCAAUUGGAAGACUUAUGCAUCUAUGUAGACACAAGAAAUAAGGAUAUGGAUCAGAAUGUUCUCGAAGAGCUUGCCAAAUCCCUGAGCAAGAUGAACUCCCUCCAGUUGCUCGACAUUGGAAAUCUUGGUUGUGAUAAAUGGCCUUUCAAACGGGCAUUGCAUUUUCUCCAUCAAGUAAAGUCGCCACCACAGCUGCUCCGUUACUUUAGGAUUUGCGGCCUCAUUGACCAAUUGCCAAAAUGGGUGGGGGGACUCAUGAAUCUUACCGAGUUGGUCAUAGCUUGGACAUACGUUGAUGGUGUCCAACUAUUCAGCGACAUAUGUAAGUUGCCCAACCUGCAGAGGCUGACCCUGGGGCCAUACUUCAUAAGACACAGGCAAGACAUGGUUGCACGCAGUAGCCAGUCCUUUCCGAAGCUCAAGGAACUAACUCUGGGCUAUUCUCCUGAAGUUCCUGAAGUUUAUGGAUUUGAGAAAGGAUGCAUGCCAGAGCUGGAGACGCUUGUGCUGCAGUUUGAUGACCAGUGGAAGACAACUGCUGGUAUUGAGCACUUGAAAAACCUUAAAGAGGUGCAGAUCAGUUGUGUCAAAGAAGGUGCAUUGGCUGCUGUAGUAGAGGUGCUGGAGGUGGAGAAUAAGAAUCGACUCAAAUCUGACCGCGAAGAGAUCAGAGUUAUAGUGAGGUCGUAGGAGCAAUAAAGCUGCUUGAAGCCUUGGAGUAUGUUCAACAAAAGAAGCUUGCUCUAAAGCAGGGAAAGCUGGAGUCCCAUCAGUUUAACUUGGUCCCUUCAUGGUUGAUGUGGUUGGUUCUUGUCAUGUAAGGCUGGAAGUCCCCAGCUGUUUAAUUCAUGUUUUAUUUUAUCUUUCAAGCAUUGUAUUCCAAUAAAGCUGAACACUUGUACCAACUGUUUUGUGAUUACGCUGCCUUAAAUAUCUAUGUA